GUACUUUCUGGGCAAUCCGUAAAAACUUGAAACGGAAAGCCGACAUGAAUGUAUUUCAGCAAAUACUCAAUGAAGAUAAGGCAGCCCUAUUGGCUGCCAAACAAGCAAUACCUUCAUACACGGAAGUAGGUUGUCAAAGUGACGUUAUUAAUUUAGAUACCCCAACCGAAGAAGACCAUACAAAAUCAUUUGAAACGACAGAUGAUGAAGAAUCGGCAAAACGACGCAUGGAAAAAGAAGUCGAUAGUAUAAUUGAUGAAAAGCUUAAAGAAAUGGAACUUGAAGUGCGCGAGCCAGUACGUGAACCAGAACCGGAGCCAGAACCACAACAACGUUAUCAAAGUGUUCAAACACAAACUCAAGAUUCAAUGGAGGACGUCGUAGAUGUAUCGAUUCAAGAAGACAUUUCAGAACCGCGAAAAUUGACAACUAAUGACAAAAUUACCGAUUGGCUUAAGUCAAAUGAUGAAUUUGAACGAACCGAUGAAAGUGAAUCUCCUCCGGUCAAUGGUCACAUUACAGCUCGCACAAUAUCAACUGUCGUAACUUCGGAAGAAGAUAAAACCUUAAAUGAUUUACUUGAUCAUUCUGAAGAGUUGGAAGAAAUUUACAGCGAAAAUAAGCUUAGAAUUGAAACUUUUAAUAAUACACUGAUAAAUGAGUUGGCAAGUUCUUCGGUCGAUGGAAGUUUGACAAAAAGUUCCAUUUCGAAAAUGGAAGUUGAAGAGAGUUUCGAUGAUGCCGCAACAUAUACAAGUCUUGAGAUGGCAUUUAAAAAUCCCUUUCCCAUGGCUGGUGGUAUGUCAAAUCUACUUGAUGGUCUAAUAGCUCCACAGCAGGCAUCAGCUAAUAAUUAUGAUCCUGUUGAAAUAAUUGUAAACCCUCCAGCACCAAUGCUUAAUAUGCCAUCACCUACUGCAAACCGUUUGAGUUUUGUUGGUGAUGAGAAUUGUCCCCCACUUCCACCAAAACGUAUACGUAAACAAGAUCUACCAAUUAGCCCACCUGCUCGAAGCAGUCCAACAUCUCCAGCAAGACCUCCAUCACAGAUUAUUAUUAUGAAGACUCCUGAUCAAUCGCCACCAACGAAAAGAUUGCCACCUACCCCGAAUAACAGUAAUAUGUCACGGCAGAAAAAGCCUGGUUUCUUUUCAAAGCUAUUCUCUCGGCGAAAGAGUAAGUCCGAUCUAUCUCAGACUUCAUCAUCUCCAGGCUCAAAAACUGCAAGUCCAAUGGGAUCUCGCGAACCUAGCUUAGCUCAUUUUUCACUUAACGACAUAAACCGAUCAUCAGUUCGUUCUUUGAAAUCAAUUCAACCAUCUAGUAUAUCGGCAUCGAACAGUCCUACAAACGGUGCUAAACCUGGACGAACCGUUGGUGGCAAACCGGUUGGUAGAAGUGUGAGUAGUGUGUCUGGUAAGAGACCCCAUCUCACAGCCGAGGUUAUACACAUCCCACUCAAAGGUGACUCAUCGAAUAGUCUGCCCAUGCAUGAAGCCUACUCUGAUGCAAGCACUGUGACGUUAAGUAAUAUGCUUGACAGAAAAACUGUCAGUGCCAUGCAACUGGUUGACAUUCCGAUCAAUGAUGGUAAUAUGGAAUUAGUUGCCAUUGCUGAUCGGCAAAGUUUGAAAAAUCUUUGUGAAGGUCAAUAUGGAGUGGCACUUCAUCCGGAUGUUGAUUUGACAGAAGCUGAACAUUUUGCUUUGUACACGAGUGUACCACCGAAUGCAACAAUGAGUGAAUUUGAUGAAACGUCAUGUUAUUAUGCGCCAGUUGAUGCUGGAGAAAUUUUAACACCCGAAGAGGUUGCAAAACGACUUACCGAAGCGAAUAAAAUUAACUGAGCAAAAAUCGAAUAAAAAAUCUAGUACAUUUAGUUUAAAAACAAAGAAAAACAUCACUGGAAAGGGAUAGAUUUUUUUCCCAUCAGUGCUGAUCUUACAACUUAUUGGGGCUGUCAGGGUCAACUGUCAAACUCUAUUUACAGAACUGUCACUGAUUUGAGGCCAACAUUUUUUUUUAGAAAUCAAGGAAUCAUUUGACACGAGUUCAGAUAAAAUUAUAUUUCAGAGAAAUUCCACACUCAGUCCAAAACAACGAAUUUAAAUAAAUUAAAUCUAAACUAUUAAUAUCUGUCAAAAUGCCUGGAAAUCUGAAAUUAGUUGUUUUGGACUAAGUGUGGAAACAGAGCUAUUUUGAUUCUCAGUAUUUGACAGCUAAAUUCACAAAGAAGACGCGUUCAAAUUACUGAAAUCAUUCAAAUUGAGAUUUAAUUUUUAUGAACUGGUGUAUUUUUAUAAAAAUAAUUUGACAUUUCUGUCUGGAAAUUCUGGAACGGAAAAAUGCAUUCAUAUGAUAAACAUUAAACAAAUGAAAAUAAGGGAUAUUGUCAAUUGUGUUCGUUGUUUGUAUUAAAAAUCUCACAAGUAUAAUAAUAUUGUGGGUUCAUAAUAAUUUAUUUGUCAAAGCCAACGUUAAAAAAAAAAAGAAUAAAACUGAUUACUUUAUCGUUGUGUCAUAUUGUUGCCCAAUAUAUAUAUUAAAUUUUUUUUUGUAAACCAUUUUGUAUUUGAAAAAAAUAUUGUCAAUCUAUAAACAAAACCAAAAUUAGUUUUGUUGAAAGAUAUUUUGUAUUUUAUAAGAUUUUAUUGUACCUUGCGCAGUCAUAUCAAGUGAAGUUAAACAACAGCAAAAAAACAAACAAACCGAAAAUUAUUUUGUAUAAUAUAUAAGAAACUAAUUCCCGAUAUAAAUAUAUUUUAGCCAAUGUUUUAAAUGAAAAUUUAAAGAAAAAGAAAAAAAACGUAUGACGGAAAAAAACCUAUCUAACACCUUGUUUUUGU